CACGUUGCUUUCGGACACAUACCGGCACAGGUGUUAAAUAAAGCUAUUUAGAAAAACAGCGCUUAAUUAAUGGGCGAAUAUAAUAAAUUAAAUAAUAAUAAUUUGAUCAAAAUAGUCAACAAGAAGCAUACACGUUGUUAUACAAAAUACGGGGCAUUGAAAGUUGUAAAGUAUAAAUAUGAAGAUCCACUUAACUUUAUUAAAUGGCACUGGUUAUGUUUUCGAUGCGAAUGAUUACAUGGAGCUACGCACAAAGCACCGAAUAAUGGGUGCUCUUGUGGGCACUGCUAACAGCAAGGGCUGGAGCUGUAGUGAGGCCGCACUCCCAGUGGAAUUGAGUAAAUGUGAGACGCAGUUGCUCAUUGAAGAAGGAAUUGCAGAUUUAGUUAGCAAAACAGCAGCUUUAACUGCUCCACCAACUGACGAAAUGGUGCAAGCGUACAAGGCACAAUUUGAGGCAAGUUUAAUGGCGCAAGCGGAUGCUUUAAAGGCGGAAAAGCUGCGGGAAACCGAACGUCACGUGGAAAAAAUCCUUCAAGGCAAACGCAACAAGUUAUUGAAGCAGGGCAAACCAAAAGAGGCUGCUGCUCUAACUGCCAACGAUGUACUUCAGGAAAUUGCUAAUAGUGUUGUUUUUGAACGACAAAAUGCGCUUGUGGAGUUGCCCUCUUUACAUAUGACAAAUCACUCUGCCCGACUAUGUACUGAUCCCGUUUACGACACUUCUUCUCUGAAAUAUCGCGUCUUUCACGACUUGUGGUUACGCGGAAAGUUUGUAUCCACGGGUGAAGCUUUUGGAGCCGACUUCUUAGUUUAUCCAGGCGAUCCUUUACUUUAUCAUGCAUCGCAUAUUGUUAUUAUACAAGAUGCACCCACUAUACGUCCAAUGGAACUGAUUUGCAAGGUGCGUCUGUCAGUGAUCGUAAAUAAAAGCUGUGUGUUUGCUUAUGAGGAGGUCGAAAGCAGCAAGAUCGCUUAUCAAACGAUUAAUUGGUGCAAUCCCAGCAAAUAAAUAGUGGUGAGUGUCAUGUCUAUUAU